AUGGCGGACGCCGCAGAUUCCCCUGUUUUACGCGACACUUUCGAUCUCAGCAGCCGUAUUUUGUUCGCCUUCCUUGUUUCUGUGUCGACCAUCGUUUUCCUCGUUAUAGCAUUUCAUCUUUAUGUGAGGUUCGUACAUAGACGCCGUCAAGCCCGCCGCCGCCAUCAAGCGUUUCUCGGACGCAUACGUAGCCUGGGCUUAAACACGUCUGGUGAGUCGCCGCUCGAUCCCGCGGUCAUCAACUCAUUGCCCAUAUUCCAGUUCAAGCAAACCACCGGACUCGGUGAAAUUUAUCAUAAUGGUAAGUCAACCGAGUGUUCGGUUUGCUUAACGAUGUUGGAAGAGGAAGACAUGGCCAGAGUUUUACCAAAUUGUAGACAUAUCUUUCAUGCCGAGUGUAUAGACAAGUGGUUGUCUUUGCAUUCCACCUGUCCUCUAUGUCGAGUCGAGGCUGAACCGCGAGUUAAACCCGAGGCUCGUGAAGGUCCAUCGACGGUGAUGGAUGAACAUUCAUUGGGCACAGAGGGAUCAAUGUCCAGAGUUGAAUUACGUGGGGAAGAACGUAAAAGUCGUCCACAAGAUCUAGAAAGACAAUGA